GUGAUCUGAAUUGUCACGACCAGGGAUCUAUAUAACGAUGUAGACUGGCUUGGUUUGAAUUUCCAAAAGGAGCGUUGAACCCCGAUCAGACAUCUCAGCCCAACCGUGGUAGGUGGUCUGAAAGAGUCAUGGGUCGUCCUGGGAUUCAGAUGUGGACAUGGAAACUGUGUGUCUUCUUGAGCUGGAUGUGCGUGGGCCAAGCGGUGGCAGGACCGCAGUACAUGGUAGCCAUUCCUGCAAUUCUUGAAUCUGGAGCCGAGACCAAAUUCUGUACGAGUCUCCUGCAGCCCAGCAAGACUCUGGAAAUGAGCGUCACUCUGAUGUCCCAAAAGGCGAAUACAAUCCUUCUGAAGAAGGCGUCCAGUAAAACCUUUCAUACCUGCACUAAAUUUAAGGUUCCUGUAGUGCAGGAUGAAGUGGUGCAGAACUUCGUGGUGGAGGUACGAGGCCACACAUUCUACUCUAAAGAAGUCCGAAAAGUUAAGAUCCAAGUCUAUCAACCAAUGACAUUCAUCCAAACGGAUAAACCAAUCUACCUCCCAGGACAAACAGUGCAAUUCAGAGUCAUCACACUGGAUACCAAGUUAAGACCUGUCAAUCAGCUGUACGAUGUAAUCAAAAUUGAGGAUUCUAACAGCAACAGGAUUGGACAGUGGCUGAAUGAAACCUCAAAUAGUAAGAUAUUGCAGCUUUCUUACCCCUUGAACUCUGAGGCCCGUGAAGGAGCCUAUCAAGUUAUUGUGUCGAUUGGGUCAGAUCAAAUACAAAACGUAUUUGAGGUGAAAAAUUACGUUUUGCCUAAAUUUUACCUGCAAAUAAAAGCAUUUGAUGAAGUAAGUAUUAAUCGGGAAGAAAUCAAAGCUGAAGUCUGUGCAACGUAUACAUAUGGACAACCUGUGCCGGGCAGUGUUGACUUUAAGGUGUGCCGACCUUUAAAUGCCUAUGUUGGUGUACCUCUUGUAUACACCCCUUGCUACGAAAAAACAAAGCAGAUGGACAAGAAGGGCUGUGCCACUUUCAUCUUCCCAAUGUCAACUUUCACAAAACUUGCACAGCAGGCGCUUCAAGAUGUACUGCAACUCAGUGCAAAUAUGAAAGAGGAGGGGACAGGUAUUUCAAUCUCACAGGAGAAGACUACGGUGAUUUCAUAUGUUGUUGGAAAGCUGUCUUUCACUGACACUCCCAAGAUUUAUAACAAAGGAUCAAAUGUGGAAGGAAAAGUUAAAGCAGUUAAUUACAAUAAUGCACCCAUUCCUGACAUGCCGGUGUUCCUGUUUGAGGGAGAAAGGUGGUCUUCGCGUUGGUUACAGAAUCUCAGAACAGACAGUGAUGGUGUCGCCACUUUCUCAUUAAGCACAGCUGACUUUAAAGGAGACAUCCACUUACAAGUUAGCAACACACGGACACUGGGCUACCCUCCUUACAGAACACCAUACUACGAGGCUAAAGAUCACACAGUGUCUUUGGCCACGCUUUCUUCUCCUGAUUCUAAAACGGUCAGCUUCCUGGAUGUAAAGAAGAAGGAUGAACCUCUGUCCUGUGACAAAGAAGAAGAAAUCUUCAUCCAAUACAGCAUAGUUGGAGAGGCCCAGGGCUUUGUGGAUGUGAUGUAUCUGGUCUUAUCAAGAGGAGCCAUUGUUAUACAAGGAGUUGAACGGGCCAAAGUCAAACGUAAAUUGGUGAAUGAGGGCAAGGUGUCCUUUAAGCUGACAGUGUCUCCAGACAUGGCACCAAACGUCCAGGUUGUGGCUUACGCAAUCCUCCCCAGUGAGACUGUGAUCGCCAACAGCGGACUUCUCACGGAGCAAUGCUUCAGUAACAAGGUGUCUCUGAAGUUUUCCCCGUCCUCGGCCGUCCCAGGAGAGGAGACAAUCAUGCAGGUUACCGCCCGGCCAGAAUCUCUGUGUGGUGUGAGCGCUGUUGACCAGAGCGUCCUCAUCAUGGAGCCAGGGAAGACUCUGGAUGCAGACAAGAUAUUUCAAUUGUUGCCAGUCACAACAAUGUCCUCUAUUCCAUAUGACGUUCAAGAUAGUGAGCCAUGUUGGUCUGUGGGACCAAGAAAAUAUGGUUUGCCAUACCCCAAUGGUGAUGGGACAGUUGGUGCUUAUACAGUUUUCCAGAACGUAGGGAUGAAGAUGGCAACAAACAUGGAUAUCAAAGAGCCUUUGUGCCUCUUCCACACAGGAAGAGAAUACUACCAGAGUUUUGGGUUUAAGCCUUUCGGAUUGGAAGAAAUGGCAGCCCCUGUCCUUGUGGAAGCUCCUAAUAUGCCAUCUCCUGAUAAAUCCCCAAUAGUGACAGUCCGCACUUUCUUCCCAGAGACCUGGAUAUGGGACCUGGUGGAAGUUGGAGAGUCUGGAACGAAGGAGGUGUCCCUCACUGUCCCGGACACCAUCACCACCUGGGAGACGGAGGCUUUCUGUCUGUCCCCUCGGGGUUUCGGCUUGGCUCCACGUAAAAACAUCACAGUCUUCCAGCCCUUCUUCCUGGAGCUCAGCCUGCCCUACUCCAUCAUUCGGGGGGAGCACUUUGAACUGAAGGCCACCACCUUCAACUACCUGACCAGCUGCAUCAUGGUCACUGUGACUCCAACCCCCUCCUUGGAUUACACACUCACCCCCCUCUCCGGUGACCAGUACACAUCUUGUCUGUGUGGCAGUGAGCGCAAGACCCUCAGCUGGACCAUGGCCCCCUCAGCCUUGGGAGUUGUAAAUGUGUCGGUGAGUGCUGAGGCCGUGACAUCCCAAAUUUCAUGUGACAAUGAGAUUGUGAGCGUGCCUGAAAGGGGACGAAUUGAUGUGGUCACACGACCUCUCAUAGUAAAGGCUGAGGGAACUGAGAUGACAAAGACCUACAACUGGCUGCUCUGCCCAAAAGGGGAAGCUUUGACAGAGGAAAUGGACGUAAAACUCCCUAAGAACAUGAUUGAUGGAUCUGCCCGUGCUUCAGUAUCUGUCCUUGGUGACAUUCUGGGCCGGGCUCUGAAGAACCUGGAUGGGCUGCUGCAGAUGCCGUAUGGAUGUGGUGAGCAGAACAUGGCGCUCCUUGCCCCAGACAUCUACAUCCUCGAGUACCUGAGAAACACACAGCAGCUGACCCCAGCCAUCAGGGAAAAGGCUACAAACUUCCUGACCAGUGGCUACCAGAGACAGCUGAACUACAAACAUCAGGACGGUGCUUACAGCGCAUUUGGAACAGGAACAGGGAACACUUGGCUGACUGCAUUUGUGUUGAGAUCGUUUGCCAAAGCUCAGUCUUUCAUCUACAUUGACCCAGCGAACAUUGAAGCGUCCGUGACCUGGCUGAAAAGUAAACAACAAAAAAAUGGCUGUUUUGAACAGUCAGGAAAGCUCUUCAACAACAGAAUGAAGGGUGGUGUGUCUGAUGAAGUUACUCUCAGUGCCUACAUCACUGCUGCCUUCUUGGAGAUGCAUUCUUCUAUAGAUGGUCCUGUGAAGCAGAGCUUGUCUUGCCUCAAGGAGUCGAUCAGUGACCUCAGCAACACCUACACCACAGCUCUGCUGGCGUACGUCUUCACCCUGGCAGGAGACAUGGAGACCCGUGCUCACCUACUGAAGCACCUAGACACUGUUGUAUUACAAAAAGGAGGUUUCCUCCACUGGUCUCAGACAGCAACAGAAACGUCAGCCUCUCUGUCUGUGGAGAUCAGCUCCUAUGUGCUGCUGGCUAAACUCAGUGCCUCUCCGACUGUUGAAGACCUGGGCUACGCCAGCCGCAUCGUUAGAUGGCUGACUAGCCAGCAGAACUAUUAUGGAGGAUUCUCCUCCACACAGGACACCGUGGUGGCUCUUCAGGCUCUGGCUCUCUACUCCACUCUGGUGUUCAGUCCAGAGGGUUCAAGCACAGUGACGGUCCAGUCUCCCAGUGGCCAGCUGGUGUUUGAUGUGAAUCAGAACAACAAGCUGCUCUACCAGGAGAAGCAGCUGCAGGACAUGACAGGAAAGUACAGCCUGGAGGUGAAGGGCACUGCAUGUGCUGCAAUACAGAUUUCUCUCGUCUAUAACAUCCCGACUCCUGCUGAUGUUGCCACUCUCAGUGUUGAGGUCAAACCAGAGGCCGACUGCAUCAGCAAAAUACCCAAACUCAGUCUGAACCUAAGAUCCCUAUAUAGUGGAAAGGAGUCGAGCACAAACAUGGUUAUCCUGGAUAUCAAAAUGCUCUCUGGAUUUGUCCCAGACCCAGAGUCUCUGAACAUGCUCAAAGGUGCCCUGCUGGUGGAUCGUGUUGAUCAAAAGGAGGAUCAUGUUCUGGUGUACAUACGGGAGUUACCGAAGGACAUAGGCAUCAACCACAGCCUGAAGCUCAUACAGGAGCACCAAGUGCAGAACCUGAAGCCAGCCGUGGUCAAGAUCUACGACUACUACCAGCCAAGUGACCAGUCUGAUACAGAAUACAGCCACCCUUGUGUUGCAGCUUGAAGAGCGUGUGGUCAGUCCUUGAGUCGUCCAGAAGAUACAUAUUAUGUACUAACACCAUGUCUGUUUGUAUUUCCUUGUUAGUAUUCUGCCACAACCCCUUACAGCUGUGUAACUACUGUUUGAAAUGAAAUACAUGCAUAAUGGACAAUAAAAUGUGCUGUAAUGCCCAGCUUGAAA